AUGGAUGCUUCUUUGCUUGGCUCUCGGCUGCAACGGCUUCGGCUCCUCCUACGUGCUUUGGGUGCGCUGCUGCUGAGUGGGGUCGUGAGCACUGCUUUGUACAAAGUCCUUCGAGGGAAGACAAAGCAAAUUGAAGACAACUCUCAGUACGUGGUGGAGGAGCACUCCUACCUGCGUCAGGACUGGCAAGAGAAGAGUGUGGACAAGCAAGCCAAGAAACGCGCCGAGGUUUCUGAGAUCACCCAUUUCGGAUUGCCUGACGAUCUUUUUGAGCUUGGCACCAAAUUGGAUGCUGGUGGCCAAGGGACGGUGUUCGUGUGCGUACGGAAAAGUACACAUCACGAGUAUGCUGUCAAGGUCAUCAGCACUGGCUGUUUGGAGAAGAGCGAGCGACAGCUUGCGUCAUUGCGAAAGGAGAUUCGAAUAAUGCGGGAAUUGCACCAUCCCAACAUUGUGAAUUUGCACGAAGCUUUCUGGACGGAUGAUCAAUGUUUGAUUGUCAUGGACUUGGCCCGAGGCGGCAAUCUUUUCGACAAACUCCACGAUGACAUUGUGAACUGCAGAUCUGACCCCUUCCCUGGACUUGGUGACAAAGAGUUUGCCUCCAAGUAUGUUGCUGGUCAGCUGCUGGAAGGCAUAGGCUACAUGCAAGCGCACCACGUGUUGCACAGGGAUCUAAAAUUGGAGAAUAUUUUGAUCACAACCACCAGCUUCUCCGCUGAAGAGCACUGUCCAUUGCAUCAUAUCAAGAUCGCAGACUUUGGAUUGUCAACCUCAAAGGAGAAAAAGGCCUCUUCCAAGCCUGCUCUAAGACGAACAAUGACAGCGGUGGGCACUCCAGACUACGUUGCUCCUGAGGUCUUGCUCGGGAAGUACGACGAGCGUGUGGACUAUUGGAGCUUUGGAGUGAUUCUGUAUGCUAUACUGUGUGGCCGAAUGCCUUUCUUUGUGAGUUGCCUGAGCCCAGACGAGCACAAGGAGCAAGUAUCUCAAGUGAACAGCUGUCCUUCAUGGAAGCGUGUGUCUCGAGAGGGGCGGAACUUUGUGCAAGGGCUUCUGACUGUGGAUCCAGAGUUGAGGAUGGACUUCUCGCAGUGCAGCGAACACCCCUGGCUCGUUGGUGCAGUGUCUUCAACCUGCGCCCUGCUGCCACCAGAAUCGCCAAAAACUGCAAUCAAGGUUGAUUCGUAUGCAGGUGUGGUGGAGAGCAUUGUGGGGCGAACAGGUGAAGGCGUCCACUCCGUGGAGCUUUGGCAACGAAGCGGCAAAGUGUUUCACCACGGCGACGGUGGAGCGAUUCAGACGGUCUUUCAGGUGGAUCCCGAUGAACUCUUGAUGGCCGUGAUGCAGGACUUCUUGUUGGAGAAUGUCCUGGGAAGUUCAUUGGUGUUUUACACCAGCAAAGCACGCAUCCUGGCAAUCUCUGGCUCAGAGGCGCGAACAAGGAAAGUGGGCCAAGAAGGCUCUGUGGAAUGUAUUUCAGGUCGUGUGGGCUCGGCAGUGGACAGCUGUGUCAUCAAGCUGCGGGAUGGCACAACGUAUUCCUACGGAGAACCGGGAGGCGACAUGAUCAGAGGACCUUGGCAAAUCGAGCCAGACGAGUGGAUCAUCGUGGUCGAGCAGUUCUUCCGAGAUCGUAAGCUGGGUGCCUCCUUAGCCUUCUACACCUCCAAUGGACGUGUCUUCAAGCUUUCAGGCAUGACUGCAGUAAAGUCUCCGCGCUUUGCAGCGCCAGCUGGGCAACAGAUCUGCGAUCUGCGCUUUGAGGGCAAUCGAUUAGUAGAGGUUGUGACUUGCCCCAGUGACCUGGCCAAACGACUCAAAGGAGUCGAGCACGGCUCAAAGCCGCGCAUGGCCAACACAGUCCUUGCUUAG